ACCUCUAUGGAGGGGGAAUGCAUGGAUCCCAAGGGUGGGUGGUGCAGGUAUACCGAGCAGGUAAUCGGGGGACAGGGCGGGGAGACAAGGUUAUUGGUCGAAGGCUUAUAUGGAGGGUGUGCAUGGGGCCCAGGGAUGAACGGGUCAGGUAUACCGAGCGCAGGUAAAUCAGGGGACAGGGAGGAGAGACGACGAUACAAGUAGUGGCCCUGCUGCAGUCCCAACUUCAGUCUGGAUCUAGAGCUCAACCAAGGUGUUUGCAGAGCAAUAGUGAUCUAUCGAAAUAUUUCGUAAGUUAUUUCAAGUUCAAUUUCCUGACUACACUCGAGAAAUAUAAGCCUAGUCAAAUAUGGAUCAAAUAUACAUCAUGCUGGCCAUUCCCAACGCUCAGGCGACUUGCAUCGGCCGUCUUAGACAUUCAGCAUGCAGAAAAGAAUUCAAGUUAUGUCAAUACAUCAAAAAGGUGCCGAUUACUCUUCUCAAGCAGCGUCUUGAACACAGAUAUAAGCUCAACCAGAAGUGUAACUGCUGCGGAGAGUCGACCCUGCAUGUGGCCGUCAGGCUCGACUCUGUAGAGAUCCUAAAUUUGCUAGCCAUAAACAAAGCCAGAUUCGAUAAUGUCAACAACCGUGGAGAGACACCCCUUCACGUCGCAUGUGAAAUAAAUAACGAAAAUAUGGCGGCUCGUCUACUGGACCUCCGCUCCAGCCCAUACAGAUCAAAUCACAACGGCGAAACAUGCAUGGAAGUGUGCUUGAGAAAAGGCCACAUCGAAGUGGCGGAGACGAUUCUGAGAAAAACCAAGGCCGACCUGACUUUCCGUGAUCCUGAGGAUUAUUUACUCAUGGCCACACGUGCUGGAUCCAAGGACUUCGUAGAGUUGUUCUUGAAUUUCAAAGCAAACAUUGACGCGGUGGAUCCCAAAGGAAACAGUGCCAUUUCACUGGCAGUCGAGCUGGGCUACGAGGACGUCUUGGACUGCCUCCUGAAGCGUGGCGCCGACACCACGCGCACCUACACAAGUGAACAAAACACGCUGCUUCACAUUGCCUGCCAGCAGGGACGCCAAGACAUCGUAAGGAAGCUACUACUAGCUGGAGCACCGGUUGACCAGCUGAACACCAAGCUCGAGACCCCACUGCACGUAGCGGUAAAGCACUCGUCACUUUACAUCAUCAACAUGCUGCUGACAUGCGGAUCGAACCUAGAGGCUAGGGACCUUUUGGAACUCACACCUCUGCAUAACGCAAUAAUGCUCAACAAGAUAAUGACUGCUCGAUACCUGCUCAGUCAUGCAGCCAGCACGAAAGCAGUCGUCACACCACUCAUAAAAGCGAUGGAGAAAAAAUAUUUUGAGAUGGUCAAGCUGAUCGUCUGCAGCGGCAUCGGUCACCUCGAGCAGAAGGACGCCUUAGGUCGGACUAUCUUCGACGCGGCGGUCAAAUACGGAAACGCGGAUAUUAUAAAUUUUCUAUCCAAAGUAGCAACAGAAGCAGGAAUCAGUGCGUGGAAGCCAAAAGGAAAAUAGUUCGUAAUUAGAGCUUCCUAUUUUAAGUGAUACUGAUUUCUGAGCUUCUGAUAGCUCUUGUAUAACGACACGGGAUAUCAACGGAGGUAUCCUACGACUUAUGAAUAGUUUAUGUAAAUAACUCUGAUCCGCGUUUUCGUUUUGUAAUUUUGAUAAUGUUAGUGUGUAAAAUAAUUACAAUAAUACAAUAAAUUAUACAAUAUUAAUCUA